GUAACGUAUUACGUAUUUAAAGAUGGCGGCUCGCAGGAGCAGGUCGUGUGUUGUGAAACACAGCUAAUUAUUCUUAUAGUAACAGUAUGUUAGCUCUGUCAAGGCAGCGGUUUGUACGGUUUUAUAACUGAAAUAAAUGCGACAUCGUUUAAAGACGCGACUUAACUUUAGCGACUGAAUCUGGUGAUAAAAUUUAAAGAUGGUGGCCAGUACUCGCAUGGCACUUGAAGCAGUUGUAUGAAACUAAAGAAAAAAAAAGUAAGACACAAAAUGCUUCCAGCUACGUGGUCAAGGCUGUCCUGCAAGGUUUUGUCCAGCCGAGGACAGAGGACGCUGAGCCUGUUCUCCAGCUCAGGACCUUCAAAUUGGACUAAAGUGGUCUCCGAUGCUGAGAAGAUCGUCGGUUAUCCAACCUCCUUCAUGAGCCUUCGCUGCCUGCUCAGUGAUGAACUCAGUAAUGUUGCCAUGCACGUCAGGAAGCUGGUCGGCACUCAACACCCUUUACUCAACACUGCAAGGGGUUUUGUCUACGACAGCAAGAACAACCUUCAGAUGAGGGGACUGAUCGUGUUACUCAUGUCGAAAGCCGCAGGGCAGAGCCAUGCAGCCUCCGGUCUCCUGGCUCAGGACAUGGUCAGCGGCAUCUACCCCAGCCAGCGAAACUUGGCGGAAAUCACCGAGUUGAUCCACACAGCCUUCCUGGUGCAUCGUGGGAUAGUCAAUCUGAAGGAGUGGACUGUUUCAGAUGGCCCACUGAAGGACAUGCAGUUUGGGAAUAAGAUGGCCGUCCUGAGUGGCGACUUCCUGUUAGCGAAUGCUUGCACUGGGCUUGCCCAACUGGAUAACACUAAGGUUGUUGAACUGAUCUCGAGCGCCAUUGGUGAUGUGGUUCAAGGACUCUACAAUGAGAAUUGCAGUAAUACUGAGGAGAAGAGUCUCACCGAUGGCAUUGACGUGGCGACGUGGGAGGAGCAGACAUUCCUGUCCCACGGAGCGCUCCUGGCCAAGAGCUGUCAAGCUGCGAUGGAGCUCGCUAAACACGACGUGGAGGCCCAAAGAUUAGCAUACAAGUAUGGCAAGCACCUGUCACUCGGCCACAAGCUGAACUCUGACCUGCAGCCAUUUGUGAAGAGCAGCGUGGGAGAGCCGGUAUCGUUCAGUCUGAGCGCCGCCCCGGUGGUUUUCCAUCGUCAGAUCGUCGGCGAGGAGAGAUGGCAUCAACAACUGGAGCAGGCAAAAACACAGAGAAACCAACUGGAUUAUUCAAAGCUUUUGGCAGCAGUUAAGUCGGAGAAAGGCGUGAGCUCAGCUGUGGACCUAUGCUGUUACCAUGGCAACAAGGCUUUGGAGGCCAUCCAGGCUUUCCCCUCCUCUGAGGCUCGAUCCGCCUUGGAGAACAUCGCCUCCGCCAUCACCAAAUUCUAACCUGGACUCACACAGUCACACGCACACAUGCACACACUCCUGCUUCUCAAUGCCUGAAGUGUCUUCAUCUACAAAAGCAACAGGAGAAGAACCAGUGAACAGUGCAGAGACAAAUCUUUUGAGCCAGGUGCUGGCUCAUGUCUGCAGAAACUGUGGUGUGCAUCAGACAUGUAAUGGAUGCAUCCAUAAAUGGUCAUCAUUAAAAAAAAAAAAAUUUUAAAACA